AUGGCGGUUGUGGAUUUGUCUGAUCAUGACAUAGACCAGCUUUUGAGCUCUGCUGAGCUCUCGCUGGCCAGCAAGCCGACUGAUCAGGCUGUUGCCACCAAGGACAGUCAGCAGAGCCUGACCCUCGCUCCCAAAGCACCAGCUGCCACAGGGUUGGUUGGCAAGGUCGGCAAGGAGGCCGGAAACAAGCAGCCUGAGCUGGCGCUUCGGGUCCCCCAGCUUAAGUCCAAGGACAAGAAGGCAGUACCAGAUAACGCGGGCGCCGCUUGGAACUACAUGCCUCGCACCCAGAUCGAUGAUCCCAAGGUGAAACGAGAAUUCCAGUUGCUGCGAAUGAGGGGCAUUGUCGACAGGAAGAAGUUCUUCAAGAAGGAUUCUCGCAAAGAUCCUUUCCCGACGUUCUCUCAAUUCGGAACUUUGAUCGAAGGACCGCUUGAGCACCACAAUGGACGACUGACCAGGAAGGAGAGGAAGCGCACUCUCGUCGAGGAGGUACUGGCCACCGGGGAGGCGGAUGGAAAGUUCAAGGACCGAUACGAGAAGAUCCAGGAAAAGAAGAUGAGCGGCAAGAAGGGCUAUUACAAGAAGUUGAUGGCAGCCAGGAGAAAGGGGCGCUGA